CUCUUCCCGGUGUCUUGGCUCUCAGGAGAGCCCAGGCGAAGGGGGUGGUGUUGCCACACAUUUUCCAGUAUGUGGCCUGUUACUCACCACAGCUACCAACUCCUCAGCUCACUGGUUACUCAGCUAGUGUGGGAAGGGAGUUAUUUCUAGACUCUGCUGUGUGUGUAAGCCAAGAGAGCCUGUCAGGAUUGCCCUCAUUUGAGAAGCACAGUGAGGCUGAAUGCACACAGGAGUGGCUGUGGAGACAGACGUUAGUGACUUUCGGUUUUAACACCAGAACUUCUGAACCUGCUGUCUCCAGCACAUCUCCCUGCCGCUCUUCCUUGCCAGUAGCCCCAAGGAAAGGUUCGGCAGCAGCCACCAUGGUCGGAGGGAUGGCGGUGAGGACCUGGGUUGAGCCCGUGGUAGCUGGCGCCCAGGUAGCCAGCUCCUUUUACGACACAGGGCUGCUGCUCGUGGUGAAGAACUACUACAACCGGACCAGCUCGACCUCCCCAGCGCAUACGCUUGAGGAUCUACAGCAGAAAGCUGUCUCUGACUUCUACAUCAUCUACAACUUGGUUCUGGGCCUGAGCCCCUUGUUGACGGCCUACGGCCUGACAAAGCUUGGCGACAAGAAGAACAGGAAGCUCACCAUUUGCUUACCGCUCCUCGGCUAUCUGGUCUCCAGGUCCCUCCUGCUCCUCUUAAUCCUGCUGGAGUGGCCUAUUGAGGUGAUGUAUGGGGCGGCGGCCUUAAACGGUCUGACGGGAGGUUUCACCACCUACUGGGCUGGCGUCAUGGCUCUGGGGUCUCUGGGCUCCUCUGAGCUCAGGAGGUCUCUGCGGCUGAUUGUUAUCGAGCUGACCUAUGGGAUGGCGGGCUUCUUGGGAAGCAUAGCGUCUGGGCACAUCUUCGUCCAUUCCCACAUAAGUUAUCGACAGGGCACCACGCUAGUGGCCUGCAGCAUUGCCUGCUAUGCCUUCUGCUUCCUCUACAGCGUCUUUGUUCUGAAAGUCCCUAUGCCUGAAGGCACCUGCCCAGCUUCCCUAGCUCACAGCAAACCCAAGGACAUAGAUCAGCCUGACAGCCAGCUACCAGAGGAUGAAAGAACUGCAGGGAAUUCAGGCUCCUGUGAGAACGAGGGGCGCGGCCCCCUGGCACCAUCAAAACUCAUCAUUGCAAUGCUCUUCGUCGGGGCAGUCUUGUAUGACCUAGCAGUUGUGGGAGCCAUGGAUGUGCUUCCGCUGUUUUUGCUUAAGAAACCUUUGAGCUGGGGCCCAGUGGAGAUUGGCUAUGGCAAUGCUGCUGGCUACAUGAUCUUUAUUACCAGUUUCCUGGGGGUUUUUGUGUUCUCCAAGUAUUUAAGGGACACGACUAUGAUCAUCAUUGGGAUACUGUCCUUCAGCAUUGGCAUUCUCAUCAUGGCCUUUGUGCGACAGACAUUCCUGUUCUACAUUGCUCGGGCCAUAAUGCUGUUUGCUCUCAUCCCCUUACCAACCAUCAGAUCUCUGUUAUCCAAACAUGUACAAGGAUCGUCCUAUGGUAAGGUGUUUGUCUUGCUGCAGCUGUCUUUAGUGAUCACGGGGGUAGCUACAUCCACAGCCUACAACAAGAUCUAUCAACGUACACUGGACUGGUUCAGCGGGUUCUGUUUCAUUUUGUCUUGUGUCGCUGGCUGCCUAAGCAUCAUCCCCAUCAGCAUCGUGGCCUACAAGCAACGCUCACCAUCUGGCUCCCUUGAAAUCCUUGCAGCCUGAGGGCAUGCCGUUGCAAGUUUUAGCUCUGGGAGUUAUUGCAGGUUAGAGCACCUUACUGUACUAGAGUGCUCAAGAGAACUGAUCAUGGAAGACAGCUCUUUGGGUCUGCCAUGCUAGUUUUAGGCUGAAAGUAAACAUGCUGGCUUAGGUGACAGCAGCCAGGUAUCCAUGCCAUGGACUGCUCUCAUGGGUAGCCAACUGGCAGAGGCUAAUAAGCAUACCACCUCCCUCACCCAAGGGGAGAGGCACUUGCAUUGCUGCUUCUGGGGUACAGAAGUGGUAGAUCAUCUUUGCUAAGGUCAGGCCAGCAGCAUUUGAUUUCAAAUUUAUGCCAGUGCCAGGGAUGACACCAUCUUGGCUGCUAGUCCCCCCCAAAAAACAAAAAACAA